AUGGCAAACUCGCAACACCCACAGACUCGCAUCCCAACCCUGUCGAAGUCGGUCUUGGUAGCUGGCGCAAAUGGAUUCAUUGGCUUUGCGGUGUGCCGUGCUUUCGUUCGAGCGGGUUGGCACACGUAUGGACUGGUCCGUCGACCCGAAUCCACCAUGAGUCUUGCUGCAGAAGAAGUCAUACCCAUCAUCGGCUCCAUCUCUCAUGCUGCUUCUUUCAUCGAAGACUUGCACAGGCACACCAAGGCCCUUGAUGUCAUCAUCUUAUGCACUGAUAUCAUGCCUGGAUCUGGCGCACCAUCCCAGGACAUUAUACACGUCUUGAAGAAGCUGGCAGCUGUUUCAAAGGAUAGUUCGGUGAAGCCACUUGUCAUCUGGACCUCAGGUAGUAAGGACUAUGGAUUUACAGGUCUGCAUGGUUCAAAAGACCUUGUACCACAUACAGAAGAGUCUUUGUUACAACCACUCGAGAUAUUGAAAGCGAAGACUUAUGCUUCAUUGGAUGUAUUCAACUAUCCGGAUCUUUUCGAUGCCGUGCUGUUGAGGCCCAGCCCACUCUUUGGAUACAGCGGUAGUUUCUACGGAGCUGUUCUGGAUUUUGCCGCAGCAGCGGAACCCGCUCACCAGCUUUGCAUCCCGUCCAGCCUUGAUACCAUCAUCCACGGAUGCCACGUGGACGACUGUGCUGAAGCAUACGUAUCCAUAGCUGAACAUGACGCCCGACCCGCCGUAGCUGGGGAGUGUUUCAAUAUAUCUGCGCACCGUUACGAGACACUCGCAGAAAUUGGAGCUGCACUGGCGGACGAAUACGGACUGAGUGGCGUCAAGUCAGUCCCAGCCGAGUCUGAUAUAGCAUCAGGCUUUGUUUUCGGUCUCAGCCAGUGGGUGGCGAGCGACAAGCUUAGAAAGCUUACAGGAUGGACGGACAAGCGGAAGCUGUUCUCGGAGAACAUUCACGUGUACCGUGAGUCCUAUGAAGUAGCAGUUCAAAGGAACGAUGAGGGUGUUUUGAGAAUCAAGGCACUCCUAGCCGCAAUCGGCGGUGAAGCUAGAAAAGUGGACAGUGGUAUACUAUAA